AUGGCAGACAAACUUUUCAUUGCCGAAACACCCGCCGAGGUCAAGGACGCUAAAGGCCUGCACCUCAUCACCCAGAGCACUCCCAACGGGCAAGCCGUGCAGAUCUACUUGGAGGAGUUGGCAGAAGCGUAUGGGCUCAAAUUCACCACGACCUUGAUUAAUAUCUCAACCAACGAGCAGAAAAAAGAGUGGUUUCUUCGACUGAAUCCAAACGGUCGCAUCCCGGUUUUGGUCGAUAACAGCCAGAAUCCGCCCUUCCCUGUGCAUGAGACGUCUGCUGAGCUUCUCUACCUUUUGAAAGAGGCCGACAAAGAGGAUAAGUUCGGCUUCAAGGACGACUUUGAGCGCAGUGAAGCUCUGCAGUGGCUUUUUUUCUGGCACGGUUCCGGCGCACCGUAUCAAGGGCAGACAAACCAUUUCAAGAAGGCAGCCCCCGAGAAAAUCGACUACGCAAUCAACAGGUUCCACAAUGAGACGCUCCGUGUCUACGGCGUGCUCGAGAUCCGUCUCUCGGGCAAGUAUACUGGAGAGCCACGGGAGUACCUGGCCGGAAAAGGGAAGGGCAAGUACUCUGUGGCAGACAUCAAGACCUGGCCGUGGGUGAAGGGCUGGGAGAGGACCGGAUUCAGUAAGCAGGAAAUGGAGGCUUUCCCGCAUCUCCUGAAGUGGAUUGAUCGCAUCGCACAACGUCCGGCAGUGCAGAAGGGCAUUGGGGAGAAAUACUCCCAGUCUUAA